UGUCUGAAUAAAAUUCCUUUCAAAAGAUUCUAAAGGAGUUCAUUCGUCUGGUUUAAGACAAUUUUUAAAAUUUUUAUGUAAAAGUUUUAAUGACUUCUUCACUAGUUUUACUCUAAAUCUAUAGUGCUCUGGCCAUCGACAUUUUAACAAACUUCUGGGAGCGAUGGCGAUGUCAGAGAGUCUUAUGAAAUAUGAAAUUGAUUGCAUUCUUUACAUUCAGGAUAAAUUCAGGGACAUAGAGCCUUUACUAGAGCUGAUUGGGAGACAAUGUCAUCCUACAAAUGCACAGUUCAUCAUUGGACCGUUUUUGGCUGCGUUGACCGGCGAGUCCUUAACGGAAAUGAUGUUAGCGAUGACAUUUUCAGAUUUCAUCUCACAAAUGAUGAAGUGGUUAUUACGAGAAGAUCGGCCGUUUUGGUGGGUCCAUGAAACGCAUCUCUACACUGACGCCAAUCGCCCUAAACUUCGCCACCAUCCUCUGACUUGCAGGGCAACGGCUGGUGGUCCAUCAGGACAUUCCAGCAUUAUGACUGUCAUCCUAUACUUGCAUGGACGAUGGCUCGUUAAUUUUUUGGAAAAGAAGACAAGAACAGACCGGGACUUACUGAACUGUGUCGUUUUUAGCGUUGUGUCUGUUGUUCUGAUUUUAACGUGGAUUUCAGGAGCCUAUUUCGGGUCAUACUUUUUCCACCAAGGUGUAACUGGAACAACCCUAGCGUUGUCUGUUUUGACUUCCUUCGAGCAAGGUGAAUUCAGACAGGAGAUCUUCCAUGCAGACAGGAAGCGAGCGUUCACGUUUGCUAUAGGAGCUGUCCUCACGGCUGCAACUAUUUAUAUUGGAAUGGUUAGGAUGGAUAUUGAUCCAAUGUGGUCAGUAAGAAUGGCGUUCAAGUGGUGUGAUAAUAUCGAUUAUUUGAAACCCGAGUUUGCUCCUAUUUAUAAUUUAGUUAAGAGUAUCGGCAGCAUGUUUGGAAUAGCACUCUGCGCUCCACUCAGAAAAAAAUUAGCACCAAGUCCGAAUAUGUGGAAAAGCGUCCCGAUAACCGUAUGCUUCCUCUUUCUGGAUAACUUCCUGUUGGCAAGAACACCAAAGGACCAUGGUGCCUCCGUUUUCCUUAUCUGGGUGUUUGGAGUCUCGCUCUUCCAUUCAUAUGCCAUGAUUGAACUAGUCCCGAAGCUGGCCAACUGGGGUGAGUCUCCGCCACCAUCGCCACCCAAUUUCCCACAAAUACCGCACAUGAAACAUAGAAGAUCAACCUUUCCGAGGAACACUUCAGAUCAGUCGGUUUUGUGGGGCAUCCCAGGACCAAGCACAAGCCGAUAGUAAUCCAGGACAUCUCCAGCACUCGUUUCAGAUACAAAUUCAACUGAAAUUUUAAACUGUUUUGUUGCUCGAUUUUAAAAUCACAUGUUUUAGUGCCAGUAAGCCUUGAGAAAAGACUUUUAAAUUAUUGAGACUGUAAGUUGCCAUUUGGCAGAAGACUGGCUACAAUAAAUUCAACACAAGUAAAUUAUUA